CUACGCCUGCCGCCCUUACUCAACUACGCUGUCUUCCCCAGACCAUCACAUCACCUCUCACCCCCCUCAAUCCGCCCGCUCGCCACAUCACUACUACCCCCGCUGCCGACGCCGACUUUGAUGGACGACCGCUGCUAUUAACGGAGGCAAGACCGAGUGCGCCCGCCCACAACGAUCGCAGUCAUUCCCUCCUCUCCCCGGUCCUUGGUCCAAUUCACAACAUCCCGGGCCGCGGUUUUCGGGCUCGAAUUGGGAGCAGGUUGUGAGGGUCGUCGGUAGGGAGUGUUUCAGGCUUCUCCCUUUGGUCUGCUACAUACUGCUGUGAGGAUCAAAUGAUGGGAUCGGCAGAGGCCGCUUCUUCGCCUGCGUUCCCUUUUUUGGAUCCGAUUGUCGUUGACGACGAGAUGGGGAAUCCUUACCACGAUACAGAUAUGGAUUUCCUGGAUACUGCGAGAAUGCAGGUGUCUGCCGAGAACGCAGGAAGGGAUUUCGACGACAUCCUGUUCUCUCGCGCUCCUCCAUCGCACCCAGCCACCGAGUCGGAGCCGUCAUGUCUAUCGCCGUCAGAACUGUCGCUCAAGCGGUCGUACCAGGAGCAGGAUACGUUGCGACAAGUCAAUAUGGUAUCCUCCGAUUCGCCCGCCGAAUCCCCCGAUGGGUCGUCGCCCAGUUCUUCCUCCACGUCGCCGCGGAAUCAUGUCCGAAACCCAUCGGUAACGUCGUCCGCAUCGGCGGUCCACAGCGAAAACACCGUGAUGCCGUUCGGAUACUCGACAGAUGAUUGGAUGAACCCGGACCUUUCAUCGUUGAAGGAGGAAUCGCUGUUUGGACUGGAUCUGUCCAUGCCAAAUCUUGAUGGAGGCUUCCCUACAGACACCGACCUUGAAUCGAGCAACAAGGCUAUGGACGCGGCGUUCGAUUUUGAGAGUGCCGCUAGCAGCCCUAGUCCUCUGAAAACUGAGCCGCCGCCACAGCCAAAGUUCCCGAAAAGAUCCAAGUCCCAAUAUCGCAGUGUGUCCGGAGCCUCGUCUCGAAACCCAGCUUCGCCGAUGACUGCCUCUUCGUUCCUUUCUCGCAGCACCAAGGAGCCUUCGCCCUUCUCGUCCUCAAGAAGUUUCAGUCGAGGGAAAUCGCCACUGGGUCCGUGGGGAAACCAUUCGCCUUCGUCCUUCCUGGAAGAAAGCUUUGGGGGUAUCAGCAUGAACGGCGGCUCUCCGAUGAGUUCUGGCUUGAACUUUGGGCCAAGCAGCUUUCCCUUUGGAGUAAACUUUGCGCCGUCCCCCUCACCCGGCAACAUCAAGCAGGAAACGAUACAGCGGCACCUCCUGACCGUGCACCCCACCUCGCUCAAGUCCCGCGUGGAAACCCAGAUUCCUAUCCGAUUGACCCUCUUCCCAUUGCCGAACGGUGUCAAGAAGGUACGCUUACCAAGCCACACCAUUUCGAAACCGAAGUUCCUUGCCCCGCCUGCCGCUGAACGAUCGCCGGAAAUUGUCGAGCUACACACCAGUCUGGUUUGCACAAGUGCAAUGCAAGAUCAGGAUAAGGUGCGGAAGGCGUUUGCGAGAGCCAGAGGUGAAAACCCCCACGGUUCAUCCAGCUCUAGCCCCCGCCCUGCCGAUGAUAUGCAGGAAGAAGACAAACCGUUGGAUGGGGGCGAAGUGAAAAUCUGUCCUGGGUGUAUACAGCGUGAACGGAAGCGGGCAUUCCGGAAGAAGCAAAGAAAGCCAGAGGAGGACGAACUUUUCCAGAAGGAUGAGGAGAAGAGGGUGAUUGUCUUCAACACCAGCGAGAUCAAGGAUUGGACCGAGCCGUCCAAGAAUGCUAUGCCAGGUUAUGGAGACGCCCCGAUGCCGAAUAUCCCUCCGGGAGCCAUGCAGGUUGAACUGCCGAUGCGGAUCGCAUGUUACUGCAGGCAUCAAAACGAGAAGCUUGGGUUCCAGGUCAUCUUUACUGUCAAGGAUUAUAAGGACAACGUCAUCGCGCAAGCUAUAACGAACUCGAUCAUGAUCACGGAUGACCACAAAACCCAUGCUCCCCCCGCCCCUCCAGCUCCUGGUCCCUCCCCCUCCUUGCCUGAUGGGACACAAUUGCCAGGCGUUGGUGUGUUCCCGUCAAGCCCCAGUGUUGAAACGGGCAAAGGAUCAACCCCCUCUCAACAAACAACUCAGCCUUCGGCUACAGAUUUGCAAGGACUUCAGCAACGAUUCAACACACAGUACCAAAUGACACCCGGAUCCUUUGCAGUCUCUCAAUCCUCAACAAACGGCACUACGCCCUCUAAUGCGCCGACACCACGCAGCCUGUCGAGACAAACGUCGCCGAACGACUUCCAAGGGCCGGUGAACAAGCGUCGCAAGCACAGCAAUUCGGGACGACUGCCGACAGAGCUUACUAUGACCAAGCUGGAGAGUACGCAGGCGUCUGCCAGCGCCUCCAGCUCUUCAGCCCCGAACGAGCCACAGUUCUCUGGGCCUCGCGGGUUCACAUCCCCAGUGGAGCGGCCGUUUGUGACAUCAGCUGCGAUGUCCAAUCAAUUUCCUAAUGGUCCUCCCACCCCGAACGGCGGUGACACCAACCCGUUUCUCAACACUGCUUUGCAGCAGCAGACUUUGGACAGCUUUAUCCAGCAGCAGUUGAUGUCCGCGCCAAAUUCGGCUCAGCCCAGCCGCCCUGGGACUCCCGGCCCUUCCUCGCGCAACAACUUCCAGGACCAGAAUUUCAACAUUUCCUUGGGACCCAGCCCGUCCACGUCCCUGUGGCCGCCACUCACAAAUGCGGGCAACCGGCUGCCAUCGGUCAUCCAUAAAUUGGUCCCCGCAGAGGGUUCCGUUACGGGAGGCACUGAGGUCACGCUGUUGGGAAGCGGCUUCUACCCCGGCAUGGAAGUUGUCUUUGGUGACACUCUCGCGACUACUACCACGUUCUGGGGUGACAAAUGUCUGAACUGCUUGACGCCUCCUGCACUUCAGCCUGGGCUGGUGGCGGUGGUUUUCAAGCAUGAGCACCCCACCUUUGGCCAGUUACAGACGCCUCAAACCCUGAUGCCCAAGCAACAGCAGUAUUUCCGUUACGUUGAUGAUCGAGAGCUGCAAAUGUACCGUCUUGCGCUCGGGAUUCUUGGUCAGAAACUUGGCAGUCAGGCAGAUGCCUUCCAAACAGCCCAGCAGAUCAUGGGCAGUGACAUGAAGGGGGUAUUCAACCUCCAAAAUGACUUCCAAGGAGGAUCUGGGGGUCAUCAGCGCCAGGUGCCUGGCCUGGAGUCUCAAGGCAAACUGGGCGAUCUUGAUUCGAGAAUGUUGACCUAUCUUGAAUUUGUCGACCUUGAUGACAGCCCACGUCCGCCCAAGUACAACUCACGCUCUGCCACAGGCCAGUCUCUACUUCACUUUGCGUCUUCCUUGGGCCUAACGCGGUUCGUGGCUGGUCUCCUUGCGCGAGGUGCCAAUCCCGAUGUGCAGGAUAACAGCGGGAAUACACCGAUGCACCUGGCGGCUCUGAACGGUCACGCGCAUAUCGUCCACAGACUCCGUCUCACAGGAGCCAACCCUUAUGCCCGCAGCAUUAGAGGCUUCACCCCAGCAGACCUUGCUACGACGCUGCCUGCCCACCAGGCUGCUCUUAUACCCGCACGCCAUUACCGCUCACGCAGCGUUGGAUCAUUGUCAUCUUCGCGCCGCAGGCACAGUAGCUCUGCAUCCUUGCACUCGCUAUGGGAAACUUCCUCUGCAUCAGGCUCCUUUGAUCAUGCCGUUGACGAUUCCGAUGAUUCGGAGGAUGAUGACGAUGAGAUCGACUAUAACGCAUCACGACGCUCGAGUAUACAUCACGAUCGAGCUUUAAUAUCUACCCCCCCUGAUCAGACCACAGAAGCCGAUGAUGCUCGACCGUUUUCACCCCCCGCCGCCCUGGUUGCAUGGCGCAACCAACUGCAAGCCCAGAUCAACCAGUUCCAGCAAAGCGUGUCCAAUGCCUUCCCCAAUCUCCCCGCGCUACCACCUAUGCCAGCCUUGCCUGACUACCAGGCCCAUCCGAUGAUGCGUCGCAUUACGAAUCUCGUUCCGCACCGACCAAGCACUGCGCGGUCGGCCAAAGACGGCUGGUGGGAUAUGCUGACUGGCAGUUCUCCCUCCGCUCCGCCUCCUUCCUCCACCCCCUCCGGUCCGGAGCUCCCGUCCUAUGAGGAGCUCUAUCCGAACAAAGGAAACGACGAGGAGGAGGAGCAAUUGAAGAAGUCGAGCAUGCUGCAAGCGGCAACGGAUGCGGCUCUGGAUCAACAUUUUGAAGCCCAGGCCAGCGCCUCCGAAGCCCCCCGGGCCAGCAGCGCCACCGAGGUCGCUCGUGUCAAGCCGCAGAACGAAGAACUCAAGGACAUCCGGAUUGGCCGCAAGGUCAUAAGUCGCGAGGAGCAAAAGCAUCUCCGGGAGCAGCAAGCCCAGCGGAUGAAGGGUCUGAGCAGUGACCGGAAGCUGUACAUGGUUUGGAUACCGCUUCUGCUACUGGUGAUAUGCGCCUGGGCUCGCAACUCGGCCCCGGGGAUCUGGGAGGGGCUGUCCAGCGGAUAUGAAUUUGUCAAAAACCGAUAUGCGCAGGGCGCGUUAGAAGUCGGCCAUUGA